AUGAGGUGGAUGAUAUUGCUGUUGUAUCUGCUUCAAAAACUCAUUCCACUCUUCAUCGAUAUGAGGUAUUUCCAGCUGAAUGACGAUGGCCUGUGUGCUGCUUCAUCCAUGAACGAUGUGGAGAGUUUUGGAGAUACAUUCAAAAAUGUUUAUGCACUUUCAGAAUCUAUGGAACCAAUCAAGGUGAUAGAAACGCCACGAAAGGCGAUUGAUAUCGUUCGUUCAGUUACUGCACGUGAUGCGUUACCAGAGGCAAACGAGCACGCUGAAUCUCAGCCGUCUUCGGCGAUACGUGGCUCAAGUGCACCAGUCACAUUCAAACCCGUCUCAAGAAUGAAUCGUUUGGAACGAUUGAACGAUUUUAAGCGAGCAACAAUUAGAGAUGUUAGCGAUGAUGUUGGGCCAAAUAACAAAAUUCAUAUGCAUGAUCAGAGCAGUGAGAAACGAUGCAUAAACGAGUUGGACGCAGAAAAUGUUGAAAGUAUUAUCAAUGCGUUGACAUCUACUUUGACGAAUGUACGUUUGUAG